GAGGGAGAGGAAGGAGAAAAUGAGUUUAUUUUUAGAAGAGAGGAAGGAUGAUGAAGACCAAUAGUGCAAGUUUCAAAUUAGUAUGCACUGACAAAGCUGUAAUGAAUUCAGUAGUUUUAAAAAUGAGAAUUUCUGUUUGAUUUAUGCCACGCUGAAAGGGCUGUCUGCAGGGUAAGUCACAGCUGGAGCAAUACUGAUAUUGCAAAUGAAAGCUGAAGGAAAUCAGAGCUCGUUAAAACGAGUGCUGUGUAUGAGAACAGCUCAAGAGCCCCACAGGCUGUGCAGCCAGAAGGAGAAGGAACAAACCACUGCUCUGGAGUCCAGGACUACGGCUGAUAAGGAGGGCUGUGCAGGGGAUGGGAGCAUCAAGCCAAGUUUCAAAUGGCAGAAGAAUAUACAACACAUUGGAAAACUGUUCUCCAAGCUUCUAGUACAUUCCUAAGGUUGGGUGUGGAGAGUCCAGAUCUAGGGGACUUGGCAGGGCUGCAGGGCAGGAGGGGGGCACUGGCAGGGCAGCCAAGAAACUGGGACUGAUAAAGAACAACAGGGCAGAAUGGACAUAGGAGUUUUAAAUGUUUCUCCCUGCAUAUAUUCAUACAAGAGAAUUACUUUCAAACAGAAAACAGCAAUCAUAAACGGUCAAGUAAAGUAAAAACCUCCAAGCCUCAGGAAAGUCAGACUUGCCCUGACAAGCAAUUUAUACAAAAUGUUUUGAAUUUUAGAUAAAGGUUGGGGCACCUGAAUUCACUGUUCUCAGAGUUCUUACAAACUGGUACAAUCUCAAAUUUCUUCAAACUACCGAUAUACUUUCCUAAAAGAAAAAAAGUUCAGAAUCUCAAAAACUACCUUCCCUCCACCUGAAAGAAAAGCAAAACCUGGAGCCAGAAAAUGCAAAAUGGAGAUAGAAUCAGUAAAACUAAACCUGAUUUUUAAAAAAGCCACACGCAUUUAUUCUGAAGGCAGGGUUUUGAUUAAUACGAUGCUCUUGUUGCUUGUUCGUUGCUUAUGUAGAGUACAAAUUACGUCCCCACAAAACCACUUUUCUCCUCCCCUCUCUCCCCCUCCCCCUGCUCACUGACAAAAUGUUUCUAAAGAAGGCCUGGAAGGGAAGGGUAGGGGAAGCUCAGAGCCUCUCACAGCGAGAGGAUGAGGACAGCUGGGCCAGAAAUGGAAGUCCCCCAGCUGUCAUCCACGACUACAGUCACCUUCAACUACGAUGACUACUACUAUGAUGACCAGUGCCCGAACCACCACCUGCAACAUAUGUCUACUUUCCUCCCUAUCCUUUACAGUGCCGUGUUCCUGGUGGGCAUUGUUGGCAACUCAAUCCUGAUAGUGGCCUUGAUCGUCAAGCGACGGGUCCAGAGGCUGAUUGACAUCUUCAUCAUCAACCUCGCUGCAUCUGACUUCAUCUUCCUCACCACACUGCCUUUGUGGGUGGACAUGGAGGUGUCGGACGAUGGCUGGAGGGCAGGAGCUUUCCUCUGCAAAGCGAGUUCCUAUGUGAUCUCAGUCAACAUGUACUGCAGCAUCCUGCUCCUCACGUGUAUGAGCGCUGACCGCUACCUGGCUAUCAUGCAGCCCUCCAUCGCGCGACGCGUCAGGACAAGGUCCUGCUCCACAGCACUCUGCAUCUGUGUCUGGUUGUUAUCCUGCUGCUUGGGCGUGCCAACCCUUCUGUCCAGAGAACUGAAGAAGCAAGAUGGAAAGACUCACUGUGCAGACAAAGCCGUGACAGAAGCCAAACAGUUCAUGUCACUGAUGCUUUUAAUCCUGGCCUUCUUCUUCCCGCUGUUGAGUAUCUUAACCUUUUACUGCUCCAUCACCAAGAGACUCUGUGUGCACUAUCAGAAGGCUGGGAAACGUGAUAAGAAACUGAGAAAAUCCAUCAAGAUUGUCUUCAUUGUAGUGGCGGCUUUUGUUGUCUCCUGGGUUCCUUUCAACCUUUUCAAGCUUAUGACCAUCCUUUUGCGACUCCUAAAGCAGCCCGACUGUUUUUCUGGCACGGUUGCUCAGAUGGGCAUAAAGGUGAGCAGCCCUUUUGCUUUUGCCAAUAGCUGUGCCAACCCUUUAAUUUACUUUUGCUUUGACAACUACAUCCGCAGAGCCAUGCUCCAGUGCCUGUGCCCACAGGUGAAAAUCAGCAGCAACAGCUCUGAUACCCUGGACACCCAGCUGAGCCAUUCCUUAUCCAAUUUUGUGGCAGGGGAGUAUGCCACCAGGAUGAGGAAGCGCUCUGUGUCCCUCUGACUGCGAGCUGGGACUGUGGAGGAAGGCACUUCUUUCCCCCAAAGGUGGCAGGAAAAGAAAGAGACGAGCAACAGAGGCAGGUGCAAGUGUAAUCCAGCCAGUGCUUCGGGUGGGAGGGAUGUUGCUUCCUUUUAAAUGCAGAUAGAUGGAAUAGGAAACCUUAAUCACAGAAUUACUUUACAAUGAUUGCUGUGACAAUGCACGGGGUGUAAAUGUGAAACCAUCAUACCAAGAAAUAGCUACAAAUGCAUAUGCUGCAACCCCAGUACAAGUGUUACAAACUACAGAGAAGAACCGUGUGAUUCAGUCAAGGGCUCUCCGAGACAAGCUUUGAACUUAUGUGCAUAUAGGUUUUUAUUCUGUGCAAGAAAAGCAUCCCGAGUGUUUCUUUUUGGUUCCUAGCUUGC